AUGGGAAGUGCAGGUUUAGAGCAAACAAAGGCGCGCUCGCACAUCAAUUGUGCACAACCAGCGACAAGAACCUGGCAGAGGAAAUUUGACGAUGAAGGCAAGAAGAUCGAACUGUUUAGCAUGACCAUGAAUGAUAUGAUAUCAAUCAUACCCAUGGUUCUCAAGGGACUGAUGAUAAAUGCCGACCAGAGGGGAAAAGGCCGGGAUAUACUCUAUGACCCAUUCAGGAAAUGGAUGGACAACUGCUACCGUGGCCUACCCCUUGGUGGCCUUGGUUCAGGAAGCAUUGGGAGAAGCUACAGAGGGUACUUUCAGCAUUUUCAGAUAUUCCCAGCAUUAUAUGAAGAGAAGCCUAUCCUUGCAAACCAAUUUUCAGCAUUCGUCUCGCGUCCCAAUGGAAAGAGCUACUCCACGGUGUUGGCUGCACCGACUGCUGAUGCUCUCAAGGAGUCGAUAAGGCAGCUAUUGGAUCUUGGGACUGGAAGCUUAAGGAGAAAAACUGUACUUAUCAUGCCUUGUUCCCAAGAUCUAGGACAGUUUAUGAUGGUGAACCUGACCCUGAAAUCAAGAUCACCUGCCGUCAGAUAUCACCAAUCAUCCCUCACAACUUACAAGGAGAGCAGCUUACCUGUUGCAGUUUUCACAUUUACGGUGCAAAAUUCUGGGAGCACACCUGCAGAUGUAACAUUGCUCUAUACAUGGGCUAAUUCAGUUGGUGGGAGAUCAGAGCUGACUGGAAAUCACACCAACUCCAAGAUGAUGGAGCAUGAUGGUGUGCACGGUGUUCUUCUGCAUCACAGGACUGCGGAUGGGCACCCGCCGGUGACGUUCGCGAUCGCGUGUCAGGAAACAGAGGACGUCCGCGUGACAGACUGCCCUUUCUUCACGAUGGGGUCGUCCGACUCUGGCGACUUCACGGCCAAGGACAUGUGGGAGGAGAUCAAACAGCACGGUUCCUUCAGCGAAACCCGCACCAGCAAAGAGCCAAGGGCGUCGAAGCCCGGAUUAUCCAUCGGAGUGGCGGUCGCAGCGACGACGACAGUGCCGGCAGGGGGAACCCGCGUUGUGUCGUUUGCUCUGUCGUGGUCGUGCCCCGAGGUGAAGUUCCCAGACGGGAAAACGUAUCACAGGAGAUACACCAAAUUCUGUGGCUUGGAUCGAGAUGCAGCUGCAGAGAGCUUGGCUCAUGAUGCCCUUCUUGAACACAUGGAUUGGGAGUCCAAAAUCGAAGAGUGGCAGAGGCCUAUUCUGCAGGACAAAAGGCUGCCUGAGUGGUAUCCGGUUGCAUUGUUCAACGAACUCUACUAUCUGGUCGCUGGAGGCACCAUAUGGACAGACGGACGGCCUCCAAAGAUGAGCGUCGCCUCAUCGGGGACGGGGACGGAGCCAUUCUCCCUCGACGUGUUCCGCGCAGACCUGCAAGGCACCCCGGUGGUGGACGGCGUCCUGAGCGAGAUGACGUCCGUGACGGAGGACCUGCACUCGGCGGCGGCGUUCGGCGCAACGCUGCUCGCCGACGGCGAGGAGAACGUGGGGCAGUUCCUGUACCUGGAGGCGAUGGAGUACCACAUGUGGAACACCUACGACGUCCACUUCUACGCCUCCUUCGCGCUGCUCUCCCUCUUCCCGGAGCUCGAGCUGAGCCUCCAGCGCGACUUCGCCCGCGCCGUCCUCCUCCACGACCCGCGACCCAUGCGCACCCUCAACGGCAAGACCGUGCCGCGCAAGGUCCUCGGCUCGGUGCCGCACGACGUGGGGCUGAACGACCCGUGGUUCGAGCUCAACGCGUACAUGAUCCACGACCCGUCGCGGUGGAAGGACCUCAACCCCAAGUUCGUGCUGCAGGUCUACCGGGGCGUCGUCGCCACGGGCAACGUCGCCUUUGCCAGGGCGGCGUGGCCGGCGGUGUACCUGGCCAUGGCCUACAUGGACCAGUUCGACCGGGACCGGGACGGCAUGAUCGAGAACGAGGGCCGCCCCGACCAGACGUACGACCUGUGGUCCGUGUCCGGGGUCAGCGCCUAUACCGGCGGGAUCUGGGUCGCGGCGCUGCAGGCCGCCGCUGCCAUGGCGCGCAUCGUCGGCGACGGCGACGCCGAGUGCUGCUUCCGUGCGCGGCACCUCAGGGCGAAGCGCGUGUACGAUGACGAGCUCUGGAACGGCACCUACUUCAACUACGACAACAGCGGCGGCAAGACGAGCUCGUCCAUCCAGGCCGACCAGCUCGCCGGGCAGUGGUACGGUCACGUGUGCGGCCUGGAGCCGGUCGUGGAGGAGGAGAAGGCCCGGAGCGCGCUGGGGACGGUGCUGGACUACAACGUCAUGCGGGUGAAGGGCGGGACGGUGGGGGCGGUGAACGGGAUGCGGCCGGACGGCACCAUCGACAUGUCGUCGACGCAGUCCAAGGAGAUAUGGCCCGGCACCACCUACGCCGUCGCGGCCGGCAUGAUCCACGAGGGCAUGCUGGAGGCCGCGUUCCGGACGGCCAAGGGCGCCCACGACGCCAGCUGGUCCAAAGACGGCUUCGGGUACGCGUUCCAGACGCCGGAGGCUUGGACGGCGGAGGGCGGCUACCGAGGGCUGCACUACAUGCGGCCCCUCUCCAUCUGGGCGAUGCAGUGGGCGCUGUCGCCGCCGGAGCUCCACAAGGACCUCGGGCCGGGAGCCUCGCCGGGGGACGCGUCGGUUGGGCAGGAAAAAGUUCGAGAAGGUGGCGAGCAUGCUGAGGCUGCCGGAGGAAGUGCAGCACAAGGGAUUCCUCCGGGCUCUCUACCAUAUUCUCCGGCAGGUGGUGCUCCCGGUAUGACACCUCCAGCUCUGCAUGAUGCUGGACGAAUAAAUUUGUCGGUUGAUUGGAUAGAAGUCCCCGCAAGGCUGCUCGCGCUGUUGGAGUGUUCUUCCUCCUUUUUUUUGAAAGAUCCGGUUUAA